AUGGCGUCGUCGUACCUCCCCAGGUUCGCGGCAAUUUCCGCAGCGGCAGACCUCCCUGGUCACAACAGGCUACCAGUUUGGGUUGCUAAGAACGAGAAGAGCUACCUCUUCAUCGCCUUGGAGUGCCUGAGUAAGGAAACUACACCAGGGGGCCGCGCACGUAUCGCAAGCUCUUACGAAGCUUAUCUACAGACCCCAAUUCGCACCCUAGAUGUCAACGAGCUACCCAUUGACGAUUCCCACGCACUCCAGAGCCAAUCCGAUUAG